AUGUCUCUGCACUACCUCCCCCCCGUCAAGCCCUCUGCCAUCGCCCUCGGCACGGCCUUCAACCACGGCAUUGAGCUCGCCGUCCUCGCUCCCAUCUUCGGCCAGACCUACCAGCGCGCCAAGGCUGCCAACACCAAGGAGGAGUUCAUCCGCUCCAAGGAGGCUUCCGGUGCUGCUCUCGCCUGGGGCUCUUCCCUCAUCGGCUCUGCUCUUCAGUCUUAUGGUGUCGGUGCUCUCAUCAACGCCACUGGUACGCUGAGCUACAAGGGCGCUGCUUACCUCGGAUCCCUCAUCUUCUUCGCUACCUCUGCUCCCGGCUACAUUGCUCAGAUCUUCGUUGAGAAGCGACCUCUCGACACCGUCGGCGUCAGCCUGGCUACCAAGCUCGUUGAGACCCUCGGUCUCUCCGUCUUCCUCACCUGGUGGGGAACCCGAACCAACCCUUUUGAGUAA